AAAGAGCUUCCUCGCAGCAAUAUAAGCUCCGGAGCCCAGUGCGAAGUGCAGUCAGGUGGACGAGCUGAGCUGCUGACACACACUUGGAUACACACAUUACACAUUACUGCACCAUGCCGACGUGCCCCAACUGUGGCAAGGAGGUUUACUUCGCGGAGAGGGUGAGCUCGCUGGGCAAGGACUGGCAUCGACCCUGCCUCAAGUGCGAGAAGUGCAGGAAGACCCUGUCUCCGGGCUCACACGCAGAGCAUGGCGGCAAACCCUACUGUCACAACCCGUGCUACGCCGCCAUGUUCGGACCCAAGGGAUUCGGGCGAGGAGGAACCGAGAGCCACACAUACAAAUAGACAGGGCUGGUCCACCUGCAGGAGGUGCCACCAUCCACACUGAAGACCAGGACUGGGUUCUGAGCAGAACAGCUGUUUGUGCGUUUGUUUAAUAAAGGUGAUGAAGUAGUUA